GUAUAAAGGAUCUCCAGACAGCAGAAGCAGUUGGUCAGCAACAUGUUUCGCACACUUAAGAAGCUGAUCAGGGGUCCUGUGCUAGCUCCUUCACCAGCCAUAACACCUGAUCCUUCUCCAACACCAGCCUCUACAGCAGCUCCUGCACCUACCCCAGCACCUGCACCUACCCCAGCACCUGCACCUACCCCAGCACCUGCACCAGCUCCAUCAAUUCAGCCAGUUAAGGAUGAAAAGCCUGCAGUCAAAGAAAAUGAAGCCAAGAAAGAAGAAGAAACCCCUGCUCCAGCACCAACACCUGCACCUGCUGCUGAGCCAAAACUAGAAGAGAAGCCUGUAAAAGAUCAGCCACCAGCUGAUGAGCAAGAAGCACAGCCCUGUCCACCAUGUCCAGUUGUAAUAAACACAUACUCUGAUGCACAACUUCUAAAAAUAGUAAAGCAGAUGCGCCAACGUACACAAAUGUUCAAAGAAAAAGUCACAGAUCCCUAUGCAUCCUCACCUGAGCACAGCCCUCCUGUCACACCUGUUUUGAGAAAAAAGAAUUUCUUAAAAAAGCAAGAGGAAGAGAGAAAAAGAAAAGAAGAGGAGGAGAGGAUUAAAAAGGAGGAGGAGGCAAAGAAAGCAGCAGCAAAAGCCGAGGAAAAGAAAGAGAAGAAGGAAGAAAAAAAAGAUGAUAAAGCAAAAGAUGAGAAGAAAGAAGGGACUGAACCAGGCUCAAAGAAAUUAGGUUCUAUUUGUCCAAAAAUCGAAUGCACCUGCAUAGACUUAAUGCUGAAACCGAUUGAAGACAGCAUGGAUAAUGUUUUGGGCACAUCCAUAGAUUCUUUCACAGAUCGGCGCUACAUCACUUGGCUUAGCCUGGUGACUAUAGCUUUCAGCUACAACCUUUGGUUCAUACCAGUCCGUAUGACCUUCCCCUAUCACACUCCCACCUCAAUCCCUGUGUGGUUUACUGUAGAUGUUCUAGCUGACCUCAUCUACAUCAUCGACAUGAUCAUUUUCCAGCCAAGGCUGCAGUUCUGCAAAACUGGAGAUAUCAUAUAUGACCGAGCUGCUAUUAAGAAGAAUUACAGAGCCUCCCCAAAAUUUCAGCAUGAUCUGUUAUCAGUCAUACCCCUGGAAAUCUUGUAUAUUCCAUUUGGAUUCCAGUCUAUUUUCAGGAUUAAUCGCAUCAUGAGGUUUGAGGCUUUUUUUGAGUUCAGUGAUCGACUUGAGGGUAUCAUGACAAAGGCGUACAUCUGGAGAGUAAUUCGCACCAUUGGGUAUCUACUGUUCGCACUUCAUAUCAACUCGUGCCUUUACUAUGUGGCAUCUGCUUACCAAGGCAUUGGAACAACCAAAUGGGUCUACAGUGGACAAGGCAAUGCGUACUUGCGCUGUUACUAUUUUGCUGUGCGGACUCUGAUCAACAUUGGUGGAUUACCUGAGCCUUACACUGUUUUUGAGAUCACAUUUCAGUUGGCAAACUUUUUUGUUGGUGUUUUUGUCUUCUCAAGUUUAAUUGGACAGAUGAGGGACGUCAUUGGGGCUGCCACUGCUGGUCAGACAUACUUCCGUGCCUCUAUGGAUGCAUGUGUAUCCUAUAUGGUGACAAAUCGUAUUCCAAAGCUGGUACAACACAGAGUCCGUACAUGGUACAACUACACCUGGGACUCACAGGGUAUGCUGGAUGAGUCAGAGUUGCUGGAACAAAUGCCACUGGUAAUGAGAACAGCCAUCGCUGUAGACAUCAACCUCACCACUUUCCAGAAGAUCGACCUGUUUAAGGGAUGUGAUAACCAGAUGCUUGUGGACAUGUUGCUAAGGCUAAAGUCUAUAGUGUAUCUGCCAGGAGAUUAUGUGUGUAAGAAGGGUGACAUUGGUAAAGAGAUGUACAUCAUCAAAGCUGGAGAGGUGCAGGUUGUUGGUGGGCCUGACAACAAGACAGUUUUUGUGACACUGAAGGCAGGCUGUGUGUUCGGGGAGAUCAGUCUUCUGCAGUCUUCAGCAAAUGGAGGCAACAGGAGAACAGCUAACGUGGCAGCUCAUGGAUUCGCUAACCUCUUUGUGCUGGAUAAGAAAGACCUCAAUGACAUCCUAAUUCACUACCCAGAAUCCCAGAAAAUUCUGGCCAGGAAAGGAAGGAAACUAAUGAAGGCCAAGGGUCCAGCGACAGCUAAAGAUGAAGGGGAGAAAAAGAAAGGCCUGGAGUUGUUUAGACCCAAACCUCCCACUCCUCAAAUGCUACGGGCAUUUGGAAGGUUCAACAAAAAAACAUUUAUGGAAAAACUCAAGAUCUCAAAUGCACAAUAAGUGUGACAAAAGGACAAUUUCACCACUUCACCUAUAUAAAGCAUAGGAUAUUUUUACUUUUGUAUAUGGAAUUCAUUUACUGUAUGAAUAGAUUGUACAUUUUGUACCACAACAUUAUAAAACAGAUAUUUUUAAA